AUGCUCUGUGCAGGCAACCUCACUGGAGGAACUGAUUCUUGCGAUGGUGACAGCGGUGGGCCGCUGGUCUGUAAGAUUUCAGGUGCAUACACAGUAGUUGGUAUCACUUCGUGGGGAAGAGGAUGUGCUUUGGCAAAUAUGCCUGGUGUUUACGCUCGAGUCUCUACCUUUAUCUCCUGGAUUUUGAAAACUGUUAGCUCCAACAGCAAAACAGUCGCAGAAGAAAAAUUUCCACCAAAACCAUAA